UCCCACUUCAUUCCACGUUUCCAUUAAUACUCUCAAUCCCAAAAUCAAUAGCAACAAAACAGAGACACCCUGCACACAACCUCUGCAAAUUUCCCCUCGUUGAUAUUCUCUGAUUUACCAAGUGAAAAACUCAGACAAUCCCAUUUGGAAUCACAUGAAGAAGCCUCCUCCGCCGCCGCCUCCGCCCUUUCGACCCGCCGUCUCCCCUACAUUCCGACCACUCCCCAAGCUCUUAAUCUUUCUCAUCUUAUUCCUCUCCGUCACUUACAUCGUUUAUACCUUCAAGCUUCUCUCUUCUGACGAGCCCUGCCCUGAUGAAUCCAUCAGAAUUUCAUCAAUUUCGUCGCCACCCAUCUUCAUCAGAAACCGAACAUUCCCAAAUUUCCCGCUGAAACCACACGCCGAGACCGAAAUCCAAGACAUUGUGUUUGGAAUCGCGUCAUCGGCGAAGCUGUGGGAGCAGAGGAAAGAGUACAUAAAGCUCUGGUUUGACCCCAGAAAAAUGAGGGGGGUGGUGUGGAUGGACGAGCCGGUGGGAACAAAAGCAGAGGAGGCGGAAUUGCUGCCGCCAGUUAUGGUGUCGGAGGACACGACGGGGUUCGCGUACCGGAAUAGACAGGGGAAGCGGUCGGCGAUAAGGAUAGCGAGGAUAGUAGCGGAGACGGUGAGGCUAGGAGUGGAGAAUGUGAGGUGGGUGGUGAUGGGGGAUGAUGACACGGUGUUUGUCACGGAGAAUUUGGUGAGAGUGCUGAGGAAAUAUGAUCAUAAGGGGUUUUAUUACAUCGGAAGCUCGUCGGAGAGCCAUUUGCAGAACAUUCAGCUGUCGUAUGGAAUGGCAUACGGCGGAGGAGGAUUCGCGAUCAGUUAUCCGUUGGCGAAGGCAUUGGAGAAGAUACUGGACGGUUGUUUGGAGAGAUAUCCGACGCUUUAUGGCUCCGAUGAUCGGAUUCAGGCUUGUAUGGCGGAGCUCGGCGUCCCUCUCUCUAAGGAACUUGGCUUCCAUCAGUGCGAUGUCUAUGGCAACCUAUUCGGGCUACUAGCAGCACAUCCAGUAACUCCAUUAGUAUCCCUCCAUCACCUCGACAUCGUCGAGCCCAUUUUCCCGGACGCAACAAGGCUCGAAGGUCUCCAACGCCUCAUUGUUCCAAUGCAGCUAGACUCGGCAGCCCUGAUGCAGCAAUCCAUCUGCUACAACCGAGCCAAGGGGUGGACAAUCUCCAUUUCCUGGGGCUUCACAGUCCAAAUAUUCCGAGGCAUUUUCUUGGCUCGAGAGAUCGAAUUGCCAUCGAGAACGUUCUUGAAUUGGUAUCGAAAAGCGGAUUACACUGCUUAUGCAUUCAACACACGCCCUGUUACCAGAAACCCGUGCCAGAAGCCCUUCAUCUUCUACUUUUCAAAUGCCACAUUCAACUCCUCUGGUGGGGUUACUGUGAGUGAGUAUAUGAGAGACCGUGUGGCUCAUCCCUUUUGCAAGUGGAAGAUGCCUGAUCCUGCUGAGCUUCAUAUGGUCAUGGUGUUUAAGAAGCCCAACCCCAGCCUUUGGGAUUCUGCCCCAAGGAGGAAUUGCUGCAGAGUGUUGGGGAUGGAGAAGGAAGGAGUGUUGGGUGUUGAUGUGGGGACUUGCAGGGAAGGGGAGUUCGUUGACUAAUUUAACUAAUUCUCUUGUAAACUUGCCUCCAUUCAGUUCUUUUAGUAUAUGAAACUUAAAAUUUUGUUCUUAUAAAA